GGAGCGGCGGCGGGGGGCCCCGGAGCGGCGAGGCCGGCGGCCUUCCCCUGCUCGCUCGGUCCCGGCCGCCCCUCGCGGGGGUGGGGGGGCCGCCCCCUGGGCCGGGGCCUCGUCUCAGGCGCCCCCGCUCCUCCCUUGGCCCGCCCCGCCCGGCCUGAGGGGAGGAACUGGCCGGGCCUCCCCGCGCGGCCCAGCUACCUCCGGAGUCGCCGCCGCAGCCCUCUGCGCGCCGUACCCGAGGCUGCCUCUCGCCCCUCAGGCCGACGCCAUGAAGAUCAAGGAUGCCAAGAAACCCUCUUUCCCAUGGUUUGGCAUGGACAUCGGGGGAACUCUGGUAAAGCUCUCAUAUUUUGAACCUAUCGAUAUCACAGCAGAGGAAGAACAAGAAGAAGUUGAGAGCUUAAAAAGUAUCCGGAAAUAUUUGACUUCUAAUGUAGCCUAUGGAUCCACUGGUAUUCGGGAUGUACACCUUGAACUGAAAGAUUUAACACUUUUUGGCCGGAGAGGGAACUUGCACUUUAUCAGAUUUCCAACCCAGGACCUGCCUACUUUUAUCCAAAUGGGAAGAGAUAAAAACUUCUCAACAUUACACACGGUGCUAUGUGCUACAGGAGGUGGUGCUUACAAGUUUGAAAAAGAUUUUCGCACAAUUGGAAACCUCCACCUGCACAAACUGGAUGAACUUGACUGCCUUGUAAAGGGCUUGCUGUAUAUAGAUUCUGUCAGUUUCAAUGGACAAGCAGAGUGCUAUUAUUUUGCUAAUGCCUCAGAACCUGAGAGAUGCCAAAAGAUGCCUUUCAACCUGGAUGAUCCCUAUCCACUGCUGGUAGUAAACAUUGGUUCGGGAGUCAGUAUUUUAGCAGUCCAUUCCAAAGACAACUAUAAACGAGUAACUGGGACAAGCCUUGGAGGGGGUACCUUCCUUGGUUUAUGUAGUUUAUUGACUGGCUGUGAAAGUUUUGAAGAGGCUCUUGAAAUGGCAUCCAAAGGUGACAGCACCCAAGCUGACAAGCUGGUCCGUGAUAUUUACGGAGGAGAUUAUGAAAGAUUUGGUCUGCCUGGCUGGGCCGUAGCAUCUAGUUUUGGGAAUAUGAUUUAUAAGGAGAAGCGAGAAUCUGUUAGUAAAGAAGAUCUAGCAAGAGCUACAUUAGUUACUAUCACCAAUAACAUUGGUUCUGUGGCACGAAUGUGUGCUGUUAAUGAGAAAAUAAACAGAGUUGUCUUUGUUGGAAACUUUUUACGUGUCAAUACUCUCUCGAUGAAACUUUUGGCAUAUGCACUGGAUUAUUGGUCAAAAGGUCAACUGAAAGCAUUGUUUCUAGAGCAUGAGGGAUAUUUUGGAGCAGUUGGUGCACUUCUUGGGCUGCCAAAUUUCACCUAAAGCAUCGGGUUUCUCUCUGUUAAUCAAUGUCAUUCAAGAGGAACUGAAAACCAGAGGUGUUAUUACUGCAUUAUUUGUCACUGGGAACCAAAGGAUGAAAGAGUAGCACUAUUCCUGUUGAUUUUUAAGUAUCAGAAUGGUAAGCUGCUAUAUGUUGCCAUAUUAAAAAGAGAGCUCCAAUAAUGUGAAGUAUUUCUAAGUGAAAUGCUUUCCCUUCUGUAUAUAGCCAGUGUUAAAUCCUUAAAUGCAAUACAGCCUCUGAUUAAUGAGCUUCCUCUGAAAAAGAUUUUCUAUUUAUUUUAUUUUAUGUAGCCAACAUUGCAGUACUGUAUGUUCAAACAUGAAUCUUAAAGUCUCAGAAAUGUUUAUCUCAUGAAAAGAAUUGAUUCUGAAUAUUUGUUACAAGUCUGUUCUAUGUGUGUUUUGGUUACUAGUAAGUGGACAGUAACAUACCCUGUAUUGAAACUUACUGAAAUGGCAAUCAAAGAUGAUCAUUUUUAUAUGAUUUUAGAAAUGUUAAAGCAAUAUUAAUUAUUCAUUACUGUUGUUUUCUAAACAUAUCUUCUCCCAAAAAGCAUGUUUAUGUGCUCUUUCCCCAGAAGUAUAACCUUUUUCAAAUGCCAUAAUUUAAUUGAAAUACUGUUGUUAAACAUUAGCCUGAAUUUUAAAAUGAACCCGAGAAAAUGCACAUAAUUGGUGAUAACUGCAUUUUUUGUAUUUUGAGUUUAUUAGAUAGUACAUUUAAAUUUUUUUUUUUUUUUUUUUUUGUGGCACGUGGGCCUCUCACUGUCGUGGCCUCUCCUGUUGUGGAGCACAGGCUCUGGACGCGCAGGCUCAAGGGCCAUGGCUCUCCGCGGCAUGUGGGAUCUUCCCGGACCGGGGUACGAACCCGUGUCCCCUGCAUCGGCAGGCAGACUCUCAACCACUGCGCCACCAGGGAAGCCCCUAAAAUGUUUUUUAAUUGGAGGCUUAAUUACUUAUUUGAAAGUCCGUUCAGUGAGGUCCCAGGACUAUUUGAAUGGAGUAUGGUUUAUGUGUAUUGGUAGGGUUCUGUGCUCUUCUCUCUAUACCACAUUUAUCUUAGGCCCAAAGUUAGCCAUUUCUGUUUAAUUAGGUCUGAACCAUCAAAGCUAAAGACUGUCUUCUACUGUGAACAGUAGAAAAAAUCAUUUGUUCUAAAUAGAUGUUAUGGAAAUUUAAAAGACGAGUUGUUUUGAAACUGGGAAUCUGAGGCAGUAUUGCAGAAUUAUAAAAGGAUCAAUGUUUCGUACAUUCUGGUAAUAAAAGCAUUAUAGUUCCAAAAUUUGUAAAUCCUUUUGCCUUGGAAUUUAUUCUAUAUUUUGAAGUCAUUUUUUAUAAUGUUAUCAAUUUUUUCAGACUUUCACUUUGGCAGUAACAUUUUGGAGGCCCAGUAGUUCAGCAAAGUUUUUUGAGACUGUUACUUAUGGUUUAGGAAGUUGACUUGGGGAAAAUUGGGAAAAACUGUUCACCUCCUUAAAUUACAGUAAAUCUGGAUGUACUUUGAAGAGCUUAAAACUUACAUUACAGGAGGAAAGAGGUAUUACGCUGUCUUUUUACAUGACAGUUUUGCUCCGUAGAGAACAAUUUUCAAUUGAAUCUCAAGAGGUGGUGCUUGAUAAAGAUCUCUCUCCCUGUAGUUAUGUUCAGAGGGAAAAGCAUGUGAAGGUAAUUUUUAGAAUGUAGAAUAUUUAGAACUUCGAAUUCAUGUCAGUCAGUGGUCAUUUUGAAAACCUACAGUGUUUAAACAUUUUCUUACUAAAUGUUUCCAUUUUCAUGACUAGAUAUUUCAGCCAAAAGCUAUCUUUUUAAUUUAUUUUAGAAUUGCAUGAUUGGGCAUCUGUACAAGAAGGUUUUGCUUUUAAAUGAUAACUUCAAGUUUUAUACCUGUGGCAAACUGUACGUUAGCAGUUAUAGGUUUAGGGCUGUCGUCAAGAAGCAAAUGGAAUGGUAAACGUAUAUACAAGUUAAUUUGAUCAAUACUUUGGUUAAUUUGGGACUAUGAUUCAUACUUUUUGUCUUUUGAAACUGAAGUUACCUGCUAAAAUGCAUAUAAAGUGAGCAACUAUCUCACCACUGUGAGAAAAGCUCUUGGCUUUUCUCUUGUACAAUCUAGAAUUACUGGAGUAAUUCUAAUAAGUAUUUCUAAUAAGAACACAGAAUUGUGAUGAAGGCUGCCAAGAUUCUAGGUUUUUAUUAUGAUCCCAGGAAAAUGCUUGUAUAAGCGUAGAGUGGUAAAUAGGUUUGGUUCUAAUCCCAAUCAGCUUAAUGCCUCAAAAGCUCUUAUGUUCUUAAACAGUGCUAAUAGAAAUAAAUGUGAGCAACAUUAAUUUUGCGUUUUCUAGCAGACAUAUUUAAAAAGUAAACAGGUGAAAUUCAUUUAAAUUAUAUAUUUCUAUUUAACCCAGUAUAUCUGUGUUAUCAUUUCAACAUGUAAUCAUUAUAAAAAGUUAUUUAGGGGUUUUUUUGGGUUAGGGGAUUGUUGCUACUUAGUCUUCAAAAUCAGUAUGUAUUUUACAGUUAGAGCACAACUCAAUUUAGACUAACCACAUUUCAGGUUCUCAGCCACGUUUGGGUAGUGGUUACUGUAUUAGUGUAGUUUCUAGAACUAGCUCUUAAAAAUGAACACUACCAUGUAUUCAUUAAAACUUAAAUUUGAAUCUGGACUUUUUAAAUAAUGUUAGAGAAGGAACAUGUGAGAACCUUAUUUUUUAAAUACGUAAAGAGGGAUAAGAAAUACCUCAUUUGGCCUAGUUUAUUUUAUUCAGACAAGCUGUAUUUCUGACCAUUCCAAAAAACAUCUUACAUUGCAUCCUGCCAUCUCAUUAUAGUAGGUAUCAUUUUUCUAAUGAUACUAAUAAAGUUGCCCAAGACACAUCCUGAGCAUCCUCAUCAGUCUUCAAAAUGUAUAUUUCCUUCACUGCAGUAAAUUUGAUGAUUCCAGAGACUUACCCCACACACACACCUUAUCUAAUUGAACUUUGAGAAGCCAAUUCUAAAGGACUAAAAAGAAACCUUUUUAAUUCUUCAUUGAGUUCUGUACACACAAGGAGAAUCUUGUUUAUAACUUGUGGAUUUAAUUUCAUUUUUAAAAAUAACAUUUUCAAAUGCAAGGAUCACUAAAGGUUUGCUUGGGCGCUUGGUAAAGAACACAAGCUCUAGAACUUUCCACCACCACUACCACCAUCCGUACCCCCAGAAGACUGCCUUUUAACCAGAGAGACUUUGAGAACUAAUGGCCUUCAGUUCUACACCCUGACUUCUCCAAAGACGAAGUACUAGUAGACUUCCUUGCCUAUUGACAAGGGCGUUCCUUGCUCAGCUACUAUAGUUUAAAUAGGUGGACUCUUAGUUUAGGUAAAGUUAGCGCUAUUGCCAGUAAUAUAUGUGGCGUCUUGACAGUCCUUCUAGAGGUUCAGAUUGUUUGCCAAAUAUUAGACUGUGAAGAUUCCUGAGUUUUUUACCUUUGUGUGCAGAUGUGAUUGUUGUAUUCUCAGUACCAGUUCCUGAAAGUCCACUUCCGUAAGAAAAAUGAGGCAGCUCAAAGGGAAAAGGUUUUCCUCUAUGUCCAGCGGUAUCUUGCCUUCUAAGAGCAGUCCAUCUGGCCUUGAAUCAAGGCAUCUUGCCUUGAUUUCUCAGGUCGCAUUUUUGGGUGGAAAGCUUAGCAAGGCAGUAGUUUCCAAAUGUCCUUUAUAACCACUCUGCUUGUUAUAUGCAAAAUGUUUCAUAUUUUAAUAUUUUGUUUUUUCUCUAUUGAGCACUUUAUGCUUUUUAGUCUGUUGCACUUGAGAAUGUAGUUUAGAAACUUUCCCUCUUCUAAAGCCAUGUAAAAACUGGAUGAUCACCAGAAAAAUGAGUAUGUGUUAUUUUGCAUUUAACUUACUGUUUUGUGGUAUGUAUAAACAAAAUAUUAGAAACGUACUGCAUUUUUGUCAUAAUACUCUUUGACCUUAUUUAACAUGAUGAUUUGCCAUGAAAUGUCAAUGAUGUCCUAUUUUCCCAAUAAGUUUGUUUAUUUUAGGGUGUUCUAUUCUAAUAGAGAAGGAAUUCAGCCAACUUUGUUUCUGUCAUCAGAUAAUCUCAGAAAGUAAUGUUCUUUAUCUAUAUUACUGCCUGUUUUCAAUAUUUGAGACCGUAGCUUUAUAUUUCUACUGAGCCUAGUAACUGAUGAGCAAAGACCCCAAAAAGUGAGUAAUUAUUUUUCUUCCUUUGAGGUAUUUUAAUAGCCUAUUGAAAACAAGGGUUCCAUGAAAAGCAGACUGUCCCAAAAGACAGUUAGUUGCUCCAUUCAUGGCAGCAUUUGAAGUGACAAAAACAAUUUGUUCAGAUAUGUGGCAUCAUGUUUUAGAGUUCAUUUUAUUUGCGUUGAUACAUGUUGAGAGGUACUAGCUUUUGGAUUCUCACCAUAGAAUGGUAGUAGUUAUUCUCUCAUAAUGUUUUGUUAUUGCCUGUAAUGGCCAAGUAGUAGAUAUACCUUAAAGUAAUAUCAAGGGGGUGUGUGUGCGCGUGCGCUUUAAUCUGUAAAGCUAUCUGGAAUUUUUAUUGUGCUAUAACUUCAAAAUUAUAUGGGCAUUAUUAUAACUUUUCCGUUGUACAAAAAGAAACAUACCACUAAAUUUAUGGAUGUUUGAAUGUUAGAUUUAUUUGGGAUUUUUUUAAUAGCCCUUUUCUUUAAGCUGUUUCUUAUUUCUGAUCAUUGUGAGUUGGGAUAGAUGUGGGAUAAACCCCUCCUAGAAUUAUUGCCUUUGUCAAACACAAUUCAUAGUGGGAUUUAUAAAACACAAUUUUAAUUAUCUCUAAGUGAGUUGAAAUAUCAUGGAUUGUAGUCAUCUACAUCAAGUACGAUAAAGACCUAAAAACCUUUAUCCUUAGGAUUGCCUGAGAAUAAUCAGGUUGUACAUGUGUCUGAUAUUUCCAGCUUAAUAAAUGUAGCAGUGAGUUGAUGUUGGGACUUCAGGUAUUACAGUUUGUACUGAAUGAUGUGUUUGAGAGGAAAUCAGUUUUUUUUUCCUUAAGAAAAAAACCAAAUUCUUUACAGUCUGGCUCUUUGUGUAGUCAAAAGACUAUUUCUCUUUUUAGAUUUUCAGUCUUUUUGCUAUAGCGGCCAGUAAUUUUGUGUUUAAAAGAACUAAUGAGAAAUGUAUUUUUCAAAGGAGUGAAUAAAGUUAAAAUCCAAGGUUUUGAAUUGUAUAAAUGUGCAACUAUAUUUCAAGUCUAAGAUAGUGCUGAUUUUUUUUCUAUUUCUCAACAUCUUUCAUACAUGGCAGUACCUACAGUUCCAGUAGCUUUCAAAGAAAACAUUUCAGUUUUGUAUAAUUUGUAAAAUAUACAUAAAUAAUGCAGAUAGUUUGAGAUUAUUUUAGCUUUAUGUUGUGUCUCUGAAUCAUACGGAUCUCAUACCUGGCACAGUUGAUAGUUGUCACGAGUAUUAAGCCAUUUUGAAAUCUGCCACUUUUUUUCUAAGGUGCCCUUUUUAGUUUACAUUUAGAAACAAAAGAUAACUUUAUAGACCUAACAUUAAUAUUCUGGUCUCCUUGUCCUAAAUAUGAUUAAUGGAACAUGGAUGUAAGUCAGGUUAAGAUGGUUUUAUCAUUUUUUUAAUACAUUGUAUGCUUUGACUUUUUAUUUGAACUACAAUGAAACUUUGACUUUUUAACCGAAAUUGAGUGGCAUUUGUCUUAAUUCUGCCCAGUUACAGAUCAGAUCAUACCUAGAAGAUGUUUGUGUUAAUUUUACUUAUACAAGCCAUUUCCAUUUAAGUUGCCUUACUCUAUCUGUUGCAGUGUUCUUGCCAAGUCUGAGCUCUGUCAUGUUGGAAUUAUUCUAACACUGAAUCUGUGAUGUAAAAAUGUAUGAUGUGCUACAAAUUUUAUUCAUAAUAAACUAAGUUAUAGCCUAUUAUAACCUAUAAAACAUUUCUUGUAAAUUGUCUAAUUUAUUUUUUCAUUUAUGUACAGUUUCUUAUGUAAAUUUUUAAAAUACUUGUUGUGGUCUGUUCUAUAAACAUUCCUGUUCUCUUUUCCUUACGGCUUAUUUGCAUGAAAGAAACUUGGGUUUCGCUUGUUUGUAUUAUGUGGCCACUGAGCCAACUUCAGUACUCUCUACCUUCUUUUCUGUAGUUUUAACUUUUUCUAGUUUUGUUCAUAUUCUAAAUAAAUGUUAAAAUCAUGAUUUUUAUCUCCUA